CGCGAUGAGAAGGUCAAACUUAAACAGCUCAGAGGGGAAAGCAAACGUGCUGUAAUCUGAGUUGUAAAACCCAACCAAAUCCAGCCAGCCUCCUUUAAGAAGUCGGAAUAUGAGGAUCCUGUCUUUUGGGUUAUACGAAAUUGUGGUUUGGAUUACUUAUUUGCUAGUUUUGUUGUAACUUGUAAUUUCAUCUCGUGCUGCUAUCUGAGAAACCCAGCUAGCAGUUCUGGGCUUCAGGGUUUCGUUAAUUCGAUACAUUAAGCAAGUUUAUUGGAAAUUCUGUUCGUAUCGGAGUCCUGGAUAGAAAAUGAGAGCAAUUGCUCGAUCUUUUCACCAAUGUAGAUUGGCUUUGUGCCAUCAAGCAUGUCAUUACUCAAGUGGUUUUGUAACAAGGCAGAAGCUGUUGACAAACACCCGUGCUGUGUUUGCUUAUCAACUCGCUAAAAAUGCCGAAUUCGAUAGACUUCAACACCCCACGCUUAUGGUCUCGAGAGCUCUGUCAAUUGAUGCUGCUCAAGUUACUAAUGCAGAUGUAAAAACAGCGGGGCCACUAGUUGAGUAUGAACGAAGAAUUGCUGCAGGGGAACUUGUUGACGGUGAUGCCUACCAGGUAGACACCUUAAGAGAACUUCAAAGGCUUUAUGAUGAACUUGUUCAAUCAGCUAAUGCCUGCCGGUUGGAUAGAUAUUCAACUUCUACAAAAUCUGGAAGGAGUAGGUGGUUGUGGUAUCAUUUCAUCCCACAUUCUUCAACCUCACCUGUCAAAGGUCUUUAUCUGUAUGGAGGAGUGGGUACUGGUAAAACCAUGUUGAUGGACUUGUUUUUUGAUCAGCUACAAUGCAGCUGGAGGAAAAAGAGGAUUCAUUUUCAUGACUUCAUGCUGAAUGUACAUAAAACGUUGCGAAAGCACCAGGGUGUAGAAGAUCCACUUGAAGUUGUUGCAGGAGAGAUAUCGGACGAGGCAAUCUUGUUGUGUCUGGAUGAAUUCAUGGUGACUGAUGUUGCUGAUGCAUUAAUAUUAAAUCGCCUGUUUAGACAUCUAUUCAAUAAUGGUAUUAUCCUUGUUUCCACCUCCAAUCGUGCUCCAGAUAAGCUGUAUGAAGGUGGACUGCAGAGGGAUCUUUUUCUUCCGUUCAUUGCGACUUUGAAGGAAAGAUGUGUAGUUCAUGAAAUUGGUUCUGCAGUAGACUACCGGAAACUGACUUCGGCAGAGCAGGGUUUCUACUUUGUUGGCAAAGAUUUGUCGGGAUUUCUCAAGCAAAGUUUUCAACAAUUGAUUGGGGAACAUGAAGCUGUUCCACAAGAAGCUGAAGUAGUAAUGGGAAGGACGUUAAAGGUUCCACUAGGUGCUAAUGGAUGUGCGUAUUUUCCUUUUGAGGAACUGUGUAACAGACCAUUGGGAGCUGCAGACUAUUUUGGAUUGUGCAAGAACUACCAUACCUUGGCAUUGGAGGGUGUCCCAGUUUUUGGGCUCCACAAUAGAACAGCUGCAUACCGGUUUGUCACUCUAGUUGAUGUGAUGUACGAGAACAAGGCCAGGCUUUUGUGUACAGCUGAGGGAACUCCCUUUGAACUCUUUGAAAAGGUAGUGACAAUCUCUGAUGCCCUACAAAUAGCACCUAGAACCUCUUCGAGGUCAAGGAAAAAUGAUGAUGCCGGACUGUGCGUGGAUAAUGAAUUGGGUUUUGCUAAAGACCGCACCAUUAGUAGAUUAACAGAGAUGAAUAGCAAAGAAUACUUGGAGCACCAUGCUGAAACAUUGGCUGAGAAGAACUCAGAGGAAGGUGUGAAUCUUAAUAAGGUCGUGCAAGCAUGAUGACGUAAACAGAUCCAGCUUACUCCAGUAAACCGGUGUUGUAUAAUUGUGUGGUUGCACGUCCAGAAUCAGCAUUGUAACAUGAAUGUUGUAACAUGAAUGUUAUUUUUUUUCUUUUUUCAGUUGAACAAAUGUACUCUCAUAGUCGUAUUAGAUUCACCAUUGUAACAUAAAUGUUAUGAUAAUGCUCUGAAAUUUUGAGGCUUGAUAACUUCCUUGUGAUUUAUGGGACUGGCUACAAUAUUUACAUGUA